AUGGACACGGAAAUGGAGGAGCCAUCUCGCUACGCUUUGAACACGCGCCUCUUCUGGGACCUCGUGGAUUUCCCUUACCCUCGCGAUCGCCAGUUGCGUAAAUUUUAUUUUGAAGUCGAACGAGCUAUUACGAAGAAGGCUUCUGUUGGUGAUCUGUCAAUCUAUGCUUAUGGUGAGGAACUAACUGAUCGACAGAUUAACACCUUUUACAAUUCCAGAAUCUCGCUCGAACACGGACCGGCUGAAAAACGUGAGAGACUCAACAAGAUUAUACUGGACAUGCUUGAUUUUGCACGCAUGAAGCCUAGUCCCGCUGAUGUAAAUCUACUCAUCGCCGCAAAAGACAUGCCGGAUCAAAACACUGAGCUGUUCAGUGUAAUGGAGGGUUUGAGGAAAAGAGGUUGCAGGGUUUUCUUUGUGGUGCCUGAUGACUCCUCAGAUUCCCAGUUUCCACCUAGAGAUUCUGCAAGCUUAGUGUGGCGUUGGAAUAUUCUGCUUGAUGGAGGUUUCCCGACCGUAACCAAUACGGAUAAAGUUUCACAAGGUGCCGAGAAACGUUACAAGCAGACAAGUGUCGGAGAAUGA